AUGCCUCCCCCGGUCGGCGGGCCGCCGACUGGUGCUCAGAACGGUUUGUACAGCGGUCCGACGUCAGCCUUCCAACCCCCUCCCCAAACUCACGGACAACCCCCCGCGGGACCCCCUCAAGGCUACAAUAUGGGAUCACCGAUGUCCCCUCCAGGACAGUAUAAUCCGCAAGCUAUCGGUCAGGGUUACGCUGCCUCGCCUCCAAACAUGUACAAUCAGCAAAACGGUCAAUAUCCCCCGUCGCAACAUCCGCAACAUCUGCAAUCGACUGGAGGUUAUCCCCAGCAGCCAGCCGCCCCGCAACGAAAAUUAGAUCCCGAUCAAAUGCCUAGCCCAAUUCAGGUGAUCGAAGACGAUCGGAAGAAUGCCGGACCUGUUUUCGGAACCAAUCGCCUAGGAACGCUUCCGCCAUUGGUGACAACCGAUGUAGAAAUACAGGAUGAGGGGAACGCAGGACCCAAUUAUAUAAGAUCGACCGUUUAUUCUGUGCCGUGCAGUCCAGAUGUGAUCAAACAGACGCAAGUUCCCCUUGCGGUAGCUAUAACGCCUUUCGCCAGACACGCUAAAAGCGAUGGCGUCCUGCCGUUGUCAGUGUUCAACGAAGAGAUUGUUCGCUGCAAUCGUUGCAAGGCGUACAUGUGCCCCUUCAUGCAAUUCUUGGACGGGGGCAGACGGUUUCAGUGUGUUUUCUGCAAGGCGACUACCGAGGUUCCACAGAGCUACUUCAAUCACCUAGACCACAACGGGGCCCGCGUCGACAAAUGGCAACGCGCGGAGCUCUGUCUCGGCUCGUAUGAGAUCCUAGCGACACAGGAAUACUGUAAGAACAACGUCCUCCCGAAAGCUGCCCCGGCUUUCAUCUUCAUCGUGGACGUAAGCUACAACGCCAUCAAAAACGGCAUGGUGCAAUUGUUCUGUCAGAACAUCAGGGACAUUCUUGAAGAUCUACCGACCGAAGACGAUGAGCCGAACGAGACCCCAGCGAUUCGAGUCGGUUUCAUCACUUAUUCCUCGCAAGUUCAUUUUUACAACAUAGACCCCAAUCUGUCGAGCCCCCGAAUGAUGGUCGUGCCGGACGUGUCCGAUAUGUUCGUUCCCCUCUUGGAAGGUUGUCUCGUAAAACCUUCGGAGGCGUCGCGCGCUAUCGAGAGCCUCUGCGAGGAAAUCCCGAAGAUGUUCGGCGACACCCGCGAAACCGAAACCAUUCUCGGGCCGGCGAUCGAGGCCGGAAUGGAAGCCCUCAAGGCGGCCGAGUGCCCCGGGAAACUGUUUGUGCUUCAUACGACAAUGCCCACGCUGGAAGCUCCGGGCAAGCUGAAGAACCGGGACGACCGAAAGCUCUUGGGGACAGAGAAAGAGAAGACGGUUCUAGCGCCAGCGUGUCCUUACUACCAGGAGCUGGCGACCCAAUGCGUACAAGCCGGAUGUUCGGUUGACCUUUUCAUCGCGAACAAUUCAUUCGUCGACGUCGCGUCGAUCGGCCAAGUAGCUAAAAUUUCCGGAGGCGAGGUUUUCAAAUACACGUAUUUCCAGGCCGAUACGGACGGGGAACGAUUCAUUGCGGAUCUUCGCCGGGACGUCGCCAGACCAGUGGCGUUCGAUGCGGUCUUGCGCGUGAGAACUUCCACUGGUUUGCGACCCACUGACUUCUACGGCAACUUCUACAUGCAGAACACGACGGAUGUCGAACUGGCCAGCAUCGAUUGCGACAAAUGCAUCACCGUCGAGAUGAAGUACGACGAUAAGCUGCCGGAGGGAGAAUGCGCCUUCAUCCAGGCUGCACUUCUCUAUACUUCGGUGAAAGGAAUUCGAAAACUUCGCUUGCACAACCUUUGUCUGCAAACAACGAGUCAGAUGGCCGACAUGUUCCGAAACUGUGAAUUAGAUACAAUUCUCAAUCUAUUCUGCAAACAAGGACUCAGGCAACUUAUGGAUGGAAACCCCAAGUCACUGCGCGAAGGCCUAACGCUUCGGGCCUCCACCAUAUUGGCCAACUACCGAAAACACUGCGCUACAGCAUCGUCUUCCGGACAACUCAUCCUACCAGAGUGCAUGAAAUUGAUGCCUUUGUAUGUCUGCUGUAUGAUGAAAUCCGAUGCUCUUGCCGGCGGACCAGAGCUCACAAUCGACGAUCGUGCGUACGCUAUGCUCUGCUUAGGGAGCAUGGACGUCAAAAGCUCCCAGAUAUAUCUUUACCCACGUCUCUUGGCUGUGACUGAUCUGGACCCGUCUGAUAACUCGAUUCCGACUGCGACGAGAACGACGGUCGAGAAAAUCCGAGAAAAUGAAGCUUAUAUCCUCGAGAAUGGCGUCAUGAUGUUCCUCUACAUCGGUCUUCAGGUCGAUCCCAUUUGGUGUGAAUCUAUAUUCGGUGUCAGGAACGUGACGCAGAUUCAAGUCGAGCGAACAUUGCCGCUUCUCAAUAAUCCGCGGUCGAAACACCUCCACGAGCUCAUCGCCUCCAUCAGAAACGAACGCCAGAGAUUCAUGAAGCUGUAUAUCGUCCGGCAAGGUGAUAAAUGGGAGAGAGUGCUGCGUCAAUUCCUGAUCGAGGAUCGUAUGUCCGAUACGCAGCCUUCAUACGUCGACUACCUCUGUCAACUGCACAGAGAAAUUCGGGGUCUGAUUUGAGAAGUUUCGCAUGCGGUGACUUCCCGAUCUGGAGGCGAUACUUCACCAUUCAUGUACAAUUCAGUUAGAAACAGUUUUCGAGGUCAGAUCGACGAAAACGCGUGGACAUCGAAAACGGAUGAGAGUCAUUGAUAUUGAGUCGUUUUCCACCUCGAAGGGUCUGAACUCUGAAAUCCCGGUAUCGAAGUGACCUAGGACACGAGACGAGCGGCGCAAAAUCGUUUCGAAAAAAAAUAAAUAUGAAUGAAUAUUUUCCUCUUUAUGAACGACGCGUGCGAUCCCUCCUCCGCAUCGGGAACCUUUGCAGUUGUUCCAUCGAUCAACCUCCAAUGGCUUCAAACGUCGAAGUGAGCUAACUCUCCCAAAGGAGAACCGAGAGGGAAAUGAAACAUUGAGCUAAUAUCAGAAUCCUUUUACCGUAAUUAUGAAACAAUCAAGUGGUCCAUGGGAUGUGAAUUGUCUUUUUUAUUGAAACACCUUGUUGCGUGUUUACGGCCGCCGCGAAACACAUGGAAUAAAUGUCUUUAAU